UUAAAACUCAAAAACCCCUUUCUAUUUCUUUUUGCGGAGAAAAUGGCCAUGGGGCGUCUUCUUACGCCCAAACUGAAUCCCCAUUUCAGCUGCAGAGGUGUCCUACCUUUGAAGAGGAGGUGGUCUUCUUCUUCUUCUUCUUCCCUGGAGGAUGGCCGGAAUCUAGAGAGGUUGCCGGAUCCUAAGGCUUCUGCUAACAAAGAUAUUGGCCAAAAGGGAAGGUGGUACUCUUUAGGUGGCUUACUCACUAAUCUAAAGAAAACCAUUAUGGGAAACAUGCCCUCCUUGCUCAACAAACCUCCUGCUGAUGUCUCGGUUCUGUCUAAAUCACCCAUGGGUUCUUCACGAGAUGUGACUGUUGAAAAGGUAAUUAGUUUGGAGAAGAACGUUGCUGACAACAAAAACUGUAUCCCUCCGAGUGCAAAGGAAGAGUCUUUAGUCUCUGAAGAUUCAUCUCAAAGUGUUGCUGGUGCUGACAUUUCUAGGAAGAGAGAAACCACAUCUGUAGAGAAAGAAAUGUUAGAUAGUAACAAUAGCUUAGAGGGCUUGGAGUUUGCACAGGAGAAGGUGCUGAGUUUGUUACAAGCUGAAAAAGUGGAUAUUCCUGAAGAAGCAUCGGAAAAUCAAGUGCAGUUGCAGCCUGAGAAAGGCGAUAACAAGGUAUUACCUGAGAACAAUCUCUCCAACAUGUUCAUAAACCUGCAUCCAGAUAAGGAGGUUAAGCCUAGUCUCAGAUUUGAGGCGUUGAGUAACACUACUUCCAGAUUGUCUACAAGAGAAUUCUCUCGUGAUGAAGGUGGUCAACACGUCCCUGUCCAGAAAAUGAAGAGUAUCACCACGGAAAAUGAUCAACAGAGCGGAGAACUUACUGCUAUUAGAGAAAGGAAGACUACAUAUCCUUUUGGAAGUUCUAAAGGAACCGUUGCACCUGUGGCAGAGAGUAAAGACUCGAGCAUCAAGAAGUUGUUGGAGUCCCUUAAAGUUCCAACUAACAAUGUCACGGAAGCAGACGAUACCUGGUCGAAUGGAGAAGGACAAUGUGUAUGGAAAGGAUGUUCUUUAACGGAGGAAGAAGAAUCCAAAGGACUGUGCAGCCAGGCAGCAACCUUGGCUGAUGCCACCAGUGUGAAUCAAGAGUCAACAAGAAAGAGUUUGGACGCAUUAUCGAUCAGAGAGCACUCUCCUAACAAAGUAAUGUUAAGGUUUUUGCACGAAGGAUUUCAGAAGAGUGGCAUCGUUGAAUCAUUUUCUAACAUUGGAGCCGUUUUAGAUGUACAAGAAGUUCCAUCUUUCGAGGGUUGCAUUUACAAAGAUGCUCUCGUGACUUUUGAGACUGAAUCAGCAGUCAAGAAGGCUCUCAAGAAAGGUGUUGUGAUGGUGAAGCAUCACAGUGCAAUGGUUGAGGCACUUUCUCAGAAAAACAUGGUAGAAAAGAUACGCAUUCCAGAUCUCAUUGGCGAUCCAGAUGUGCCUAUUUCAUUGGUGAAGGAACCAACCAGAACAGUUAAGAUUCAUCCACUGGAUCAAAAUAUAAGUUCGAAGCAGAUCAGAGAAGCGCUAGGGUUCUGUAAGAGCGACAUAUCUAAGAUCAUCUUUGGUUCAUCGACAACAGCUGCUUUCGUUGAGUUUAAGACGGAAGUAGGUAAAGAGAAAGCACUUGCAGCGCAUUCAGUUGACGUACAAAACAAGCAAUUGUUUAUCUCAAGGAUUGAUAUACCGAGGACAACAGUUGCAAGGAUCUCAAACUUGUCGGGAUCAACGGGUAGGGACGUACGGGAACUGUGUGCAACUUAUGGACAUAUCAAACAUAUGUUUUUCAGGGGAAAUGCUAUUGCAGAUGUUCGUUUCGAUGUCUCUGAGUGGCCAAACAUGCUCACUAUUCUCAACAGCAUGAAUGGUAAAGAGAUAAAUGGUAAGAAGUGGGUUGUUCGACCAGCGACAACAGUUAUACCUCAUGAGAUUCUGAAGGUUUUGUGGGAAGACCCUCACGGAAAGAGUUAUGUGAAAGGCUUGAUUAAGACUAUGGUGAGGGAAAUUGAACAGCCUCUAUAUCUAGCUGGUAUAUCUUCAUUGUACUCAGCUCUUGAAGACUAGAGGAUAGAGCCAUUGUUUUGGUUUGGUAAAACAUUUAUCAGAAAGAAAAGCCAAAAUUGGUUUUGUUUUAGAAACACGUAAAGAAAAAUUAUAAUAAAUAGAUUAAUUUUGGACUGUUCUUGGGCUAGGCCCUUUGAUUUUAUCUAAAAAAAACAUUGACGGAA